AUCGAUAACUGCGGCCAAGACUUCAGGUGCAGAAACAUUGACGGCUCGUUCAAAUGCGAUCGCGUCACGUGUCCGUACGGCCAGCACUUGACUAUGGAUGGCAACUGUCGGCCAAAUGAAUGUGAGAGCGGAAAAAUGUUUAACAACACGUACAACAGGUGUGUCGAUAUCAACGAGUGUCUGAACCAGCCGUGCGCUGCCAACCAGAAGUGCAUCAACACUGUUGGCAGUUAUCGGUGUACACACUAUUGCACGCCUGGCUAUCAGCCCACCAAAUAUGGCAAUGCGUGCGAAGACAUCGACGAGUGCGUUGAGGCGACCCACGAGUGCACAGGAAUGCAAAUCUGUCGCAACAGACCCGGCAAUUACAUCUGCGAGUGUCCGUUAGGCUAUAUUCUCAAUCAGAACCGCGAUUGCGAAGACAUCAACGAAUGCACGCGC